CAGCCAGCGGUGAACGGCCACGCUGCCCCCCUCUCGCACCAGGAGGACGUGCCGGGGGCAAACCACUCGUGCCAGGAUAUACGGCCUCACAAGCAGAGAGAAGCAGCCGGCGGGGAUGUGACAGUGAUGGAUGCCUCCAGCCGGCCCUCGGAGGCAGCUGGCAGCAUUGCUGGAGUGUAUGUGGAGGCCUCCAAGAGGAUAAUGAGUUUUUAUGAUGCCACCAGAGAGCAUCUCCUGAGUCUGGAUUCAGCACUCUGUCUCCUGGAGGCCCAGGCAGCCAUGGGCUUUAUCGCCGACCCAGUGAAGAAGAGGCACGUCUCCGUGGCAGAAGCCGUGCAGCUGGGGCUGGUGGGGCUGGAGCUGAAGGAGAGGCUGCUCUCUGCAGAGAAAGCCGCUACAGGCUUUGUGGACCCCUACACAGAAGAGAAAAUCUCCCUCUACCAGGCCAUCCAGAAGGACCUGGUGGGAAGGGAGACAGGUACUCGGCUGCUGGAGGCCCAGAUGGCAACCGGCGGCAUCAUUGACCCAGCCACUGGCUGCCGGCUGCCAGCAGACGUUGCCUGUGAGAGGGGGUAUUUAGAUGAAGAGAUGACCCAGCUCCUCUCAGACCCCAGCAGUGAGGACAGCAAAGGGUUCCUCAACCCCAGCACUAUGGAGAGGGUCACUUACAUGGAGCUUCUAAAGAGGUGUGUGGUCGAUCCAGCCUCAGGCUUCCUCCUCCUGCCCCUGCAAAUCACAUUCCUGGGGCUGGCUGGGAGGGUGAGCAGCAGGGACCUGCUGGACUCUGGCAUCAUCAGCCCUGAGACCUUCAGAGAUCUCGAGGAAGGAAGAGUUUCUGCGCAGGAGGUAGCAGAGAACGACUCCAUCCAGCAGUUCCUGCGUGGGACGAGGAGCGUGGCUGGCGUUGUCCUGCCUUCCAGUGAGCGGAAAAGCCUUUACCAGGCACUGAGAGAGCAUCUCCUCGUGCCUGGUGCUGCUCUGAUGCUCCUGCAAGUCCAGGCCUCCACCUGCAGCCUGACAGACCCCAUAAAGAACAGAAGCUAUUCAGUUGAUGAGGCUGUCCGGGUCGGUCUCGUUGGCCCAGAGCUUCAUGAGAAACUGUCUUCAGCUGAGAAGGCCAUCACUGGAUACAAGGACCCCUGCACUGGAGAAAUGCUCUCUCUCUUCCAAGCCAUCAGGAAGGGCUUUGUCCCCAAGGAUCAUGGCAUUUGCCUUCUGGAGGCUCAGAUGGCCACUGGGGGUAUAAUUGCUCCAGGCAGGCACCUCCGUGUCCCCACGGAGACAGCUUGCAAGUGGGGGUACCUGGAUGAGGCCACGAGACAGCUCCUCUCCAGUCCUACUGAUGACAUGAAAGGGUUCUUUGACCCCGGCUCCAAGGAGAAGCUGACCUACGCAGCCCUGCUCAAGCGCUGCGUCACUGAUCCCCACACGGGGCUCCUUCUGCUGCCACUUGGUGGAGAAAGUGGAGAAAGAGCCAAGGGAACCCCCCUCUUCUUUGACCAUAGGACCCAAAUGGCUCUGGAAAACACACGGGUACCCGUCGCUUUGGGUAAAUUCAAGGGAAAGCCAGUGUCUCUCUGGAAACUCCUCUUUUCAGACUACAUUCAGAGCGAGCAAAGAGCUGCCCUGGCCCAGCAGUACCUUGCUGGAACGCUCUCUACACAAGAGUUGGGUAAGGCAGUCAGCACCGCCAUUGAGGAAAUGGCUUCCACUGCCAAUGUCACCUUUGAAGGCCUGAGGGACCGGGUGACAGCUGACCAGCUCCUGAGCUCCGAAAUCAUCAACAAAGAUUUGUUUAAGAAGCUGAAGGAGGGAGAAACAUCAGCCAAAGAAGUUGUCGGCAUGGACACUGUCAAGAAGUACCUGCAAGGGACGGGUAGCAUCGGUGGGCUCCUGCUUCCUGACUCCCAGGAGAAGAUCAGCAUCUACCAGGCAAAGCGGAAGGGACUGUUAAGACCAGGAACGUCACUGAUCCUCCUGGAGGCACAGGCUGCGACCGGAUUUGUCAUUGACCCAGCUGCCAACAAAAGGUACUCUGUGGAUGAGGCAUUAAGAGCGAACGUCAUUGGCCCAGAUGUUUAUGACAAGCUACUGACCGCAGAGAAAUCAGUCACCGGCUACAGAGACCCCUACUCGGGGAACAAGAUCUCCCUCUUCCAGGCCAUGAAGAAGGAGCUCAUCGUCAAGGAACAUGCCAUCCGCCUGCUGGAGGCCCAGAUCGCCACUGGUGGCAUCAUUGACCCUGUCAACAGCCACCGCAUCCCCGUGGAGGUGGCCUACAAGCGGGGCUACUUCGACAAGAAGAUGAACUUAAUCCUUUCCGAUCCCAGUGAUGACACCAAGGGCUUCUUUGACCCCAACACCCAUGAGAACCUCACCUACCUGCAGCUGAAGGAGAAGUGCAUCACAGAGCCCUCCACCGGGCUCUGCCUCCUUCCUCUGAACAGCAGGAAGCGCCAGUUUGUCGACGACACCACCAGACGGGUGUUCAGGGGGUCCUGGCUGCCUGUCAGGUUUGGGCGGUUACGGGGGGAGAAGGUCUCUGUGUGGGACCUGCUGAACUCCGAGUACUUCAGCGAGGGGAGGCGCCGGGAGAUAUUCAACCACUACCAGCUGAGGAAGCUCACCCUGGAGCAGAUUCGCAUCAUGUUAGAGGAGGAAAUGAAAAAAUGGGCCCCCAUCAAGUUCCCAGCCAUGAGAGGCUGUGUCAGUGCCUACCACCUGAUGGAAACUGGUGUCAUCGACAAGGCCCUAUUCGAGAAGGUGUUGGAGGGAUCCGUCACACCAGAGGAAGUCCUGCACAUGGACUCUGUCAGAAAGUACCUCUAUGGCUCUGGCAGCAUAGGGGGGAUUGUACUCCAGCCAUCGAACCAGAGGAUAAGCAUUUACGAGGCCAUGAAGAAAAACAUCAUGGUUCCAGGAGUAGCCCUCCCACUACUAGAGGCCCAGGCUGCCACCGGCUUCAUCAUUGACCCGGUGAACAAUCAGAAACUCUGUGUGGAUGAUGCCAUCAAGGAGGGGGUCAUUGGGCCCGAAGUCCACGAGAAGCUGCAGCAUGCGGAAGGGGCUGUAACAGGCUACAAAGAUCCUUUCACAGGCAAGAAGAUCCCCCUCUUCCAGGCAAUGAAGAAGGGCCUGAUUGCUGACAAACAGGCCAUGCAGCUGAUGGAGGUGCAGAUGGCUACUGGAGGCAUCAUUGAUCCAACAUGUGGCCACUAUAUCCCCGUGGAAGCUGCCCAGGAGCGAGGGUGCCUGGAUGAGGACACAAACAAGGUUCUUUCUAAGGCCAGUGACAGCACCAGAGCUUUCUGUGUCCCAGACAGCAAGGAGACUGUCACCUACGCCGAGCUAAUCAAGCGCUGCCAGAAGGAUGAGGUCUCUGGCUUCCACCUGCUGCCUCUGCCACAGACAGCGGCUCCCACCUACACCGACGAGGAAAUCCAACAGAUUUUUAAGAAAACUGUGGUGAAGGAGAAAGGUGUCUCCCUGUGGGAGCUUAUCCACGCUGGGUACUUCACUGAGGAGCAGAGGAGGGACUUUGUGGAGAGGUUCCGCUCGGAGGAAAUGUCGCUGCAGCAGCUGGUAGCUCUUGUGCUCAGGCUGGUCGGGGAGAUGGAGAUGAAAGCCCGCUCCCAGAUCACCUUGGAAGGCUUGCAGGGCAGCGUCCCUGCUGUCUGGCUGCUGGAUGCUGGCAUCAUCACUGAGAAGACGUUUGAAGAACUGGCUCAGGGCAUAAAAGCUCCCGAGGAAGUGGCUGCCAUGGAGAGUGUGAAGAAGUACUUGCAGGGCACAGGCAACAUUGCCGGGGUGUUUGUAGAGGCAUCCAAAAGGAAGAUGAGCUUUUACGAUGCCAUGAAGAACAAUCUCCUCCUCCCUGGGGCUGCUGUGAGGCUGCUGGAAGCUCAGGCAGCCACAGGAUAUCUCACCAACCCCACAACAAGCCAGAGACUCAGCGUGAGGGAGGCUGUGAAAGCAGCCGUUGUGGGCGAAGAGCUCACCGAGAAGCUCCUUCUCGCAGAGAGGGCAGUGACUGGCUACACAGACCCCUACACCGGGAGCUCCAUCUCCUUAUGCCAAGCACUCAGGAAGGAGCUGAUCCCCCUGGGAGAUGCUGUUCCCUUGCUAGAGGCCCAGCUGGCCACAGGAGGGGUCAUCGAUCCCAUUCACCACCUCCACCUUCCACUCCAGGCUGCGUGCAGGUACGGCUUCUACGACGAGGAGCUGAACCAAACCCUCUCUCAGCUGGAUGACACCACCAGAAUCUUUUUUGACCCAAACACAAAGGAGAACGUGACCUACCAGCAGCUGAAGGAAAGGUGCUUUCAGGAGGCUGAGUCAGGUCUCUGGCUCCUUCCACUCUCGGAGAAUGCCAUGUUCUGUGUGGAUGAGCAAACCAUGGAGGUGCUGAAAUCUGUGACCGUUUGUGUCAACAUAGGGCGAUUCAAAGGACAGACAGUGUCAGUCUGGGACCUUCUCAACUCCGAGUACCUCUCCGACAGCAAGAGAAGGGAGCUGGUGCAAAAGUACAAGGAUGAGAGUGCUGAAGUGCUGCACGAAAUCAUAGCAGUUGUCACCACGAUCAUUAAAGAGACCGAGACACAAGGCAAGAAGUUUGCAUUCAAGGGCCUGCGGAAGAGAGUAUCUGCCAGUGACCUCUUCCAGUCUCAGCUGAUAGACAAAAAAACCCUCGAUGAGCUCAACCAGGGGAAGAAAACUGUCAAAGAAGUCACUGAAAUGGACUCUGUCCGCAGGUACCUGGAGGGCAGCAACUUCAUAGCAGGGGUCCUCAUACAGCCAAGCAAUGAGAAGAUGAGCAUCUACCAAGCCAUGAGGAAGGGCAUCCUGAGGCCAGGGACAGCACUGGUGCUGCUGGAGGCGCAGGCUGCCACUGGCUAUAUCAUCAACCCGGAGAAAAAACAGAAGUUUUCAGUAGAGGAAGCGUUAAAGGCAGGUCUAAUUGGAGGAGAGAUUUAUGAAAAGCUGCUCUGUGCAGAAAAAGCCGUGACGGGCUACACCGACCCCUACACAAAAGCUCCAAUGUCCCUGUUUGAAGCCAUGAGCCAAGGACUGAUUGUGAAGAGCCACGGCAUCCGCCUGCUUGAGGCCCAGAUCGCCACCGGUGGCAUCAUUGACCCCGUCCACAGCCACCGUAUCCCCGUGGAGGUGGCCUACCAGCGUGGUUACUUCAACCAGGAGAUGAACCAGAUCCUCUCCGACCCCACUGACGACACCAAGGGCUUCUUUGACCCCAACACCCACGAGAACCUCACCUACCUGCAGCUCCUGGAGAGAUGCGUCCAAGAUUCCGAGACUGGGUUGUACAUGCUACAAGUUGUAAAGGAAGGAGGAAAGUACUUCUACAUUGAUGAAGCUACGAAACAGGUUUUGCGCUCAAAGCCCCUUGAAGUGAAAGUUGGAAAGUUUAAGGACCAAACGGUUUCCGUCUGGGAAAUUCUCUGCUCUCAUUACAUCUCUGAGCGGAAAAGGAAAGAACUGGUGAUGCAGUACAAAUGCAAAACCCUCACGCUGGAAGAUCUUAUAGCCCUCAUCCUCAAAAUAAUCGAAGAUACAGAGCAAAGAGCAGAAGCCCUCAAGCUUAAAGGACUCCGGGGGGAUGUGUCGGUAUCAGAACUGUUUAACUCCGAGAUAAUUGACAAGAAAACUCUAGAUCAGCUGCAGGAUGGGAGUCUCACGCUUGCCAGUCUCACAAAGAGGGACACCAUCCAAAGGUACUUGGAUGGCACUGGGUGCAUUGCCGGAGUUCUACUCCCAUCAAGGAAAGAGAAGAUGAGCAUCUACCAUGCCCUGGAGAAGGGCCUCCUCACAGAGCAAUGUGCACUGGGGCUGCUGGAGGCACAGGCUGCCACUGGUUUUCUCAUUGACCCACUGAAAAACAAGAAGCUCUCUGUGGAUGAGGCCGUGUCCUCCGGGCUGGUGGGUAGCAACUUGCACGAGAAACUCCUGUCAGCAGAGAAAGCUGUGACAGGAUACACAGAUCCUCACACAGGAAAGAUAAUAUCCCUCUUCCAGGCCAUGAGGCAGAAGAUAACAGUCAAGGAGGAUGCAAUCCGCCUGCUGGAGGCCCAGCUGGCCACCGGCGGCAUCAUCGACCCCAUCCACAGCCACCGCCUCCCUGUAGAGGUGGCCUACAAAAGGGGCUACUUGGAUGAUGACACAUUUCUCCUACUUUCUGAUCCAGAUCAUGGUAGCAAAGGUUUUAUAGAUCCAAACACUCAUGAGAAAAUCAGCUAUAGCCAGCUCCUACAGAGAUGUUCCAAAGACAGAGACACAGGGCUGUACCUGCUGCAGGUCAUGGAGAAGCAAGAUGACUAUUUCUACAUUGAUGAGCAAACAAAAAAUGCCCUCUUAUCUACAAAGGUACAAGUGACUGUUGGAAAAUACAAAGGACAGGAGUUAUCUCUGUGGGAACUUCUCUGUUCUGAGUACAUCACAGAUGAGAAAAGAAAAGAACUGGUGAAAAAAUAUAAACGAGAAUCCCAUCACAUUAUACAAGGAAUCAUUGAAACAAUACUAAAUAUCAUUAAAGAAAAAGAAGAGGACAGAAGUGAUGUCUGGUUCCGAGGACUCCGACAACAAAUAACAGCCUCCGAACUCCUGAGUGCACAGAUAAUUACAGAAGAAACAAUGGAAAAACUCAACGAAGGGAAAGAGACAGCCCAAGAAAUAGCACAAACGGAAAGUGUGAGAAGAUACCUUGAGGGAACUGGAAGCAUUGCCGGUGUGCUCGUGCCCUCCAAGGUAGACCAAACCAAGAUGGAGAAGAUGAGUAUCUACCAGGCCAUGUGGAAGGGCAUCCUAAGACCAGGGACAGCAUUGGUGCUGCUGGAGGCCCAGGCUGCCACUGGCUUCAUCAUUGACCCCCUGGCCAACAAGAAGCUCUCCGUGGACGAGGCCAUCUCCUGCGGGCUGGUGGGCAGCGAGCUACAAAAGAAACUUCUUUCUGCAGAGAGAUCAGUCACAGGGUACUAUCACCCAAGCACAGGACAAAAAAUGUCGCUCUUCCAGGCCAUGAAGAAGGAGCUCAUCGUCAAGGAGCACGGCAUCCGCCUGCUCGAGGCCCAGAUCGCCACCGGCGGCAUCAUCGACCCCGUCCACAGCCACCGCCUCCCCGUGGAGGUGGCCUACCAGCGCGGCUACUUGGACCGGGAGAUGAGCCACGUCCUCUCCGACCCCACCGACGACACCAAGGGCUUCUUCGACCCCAACACCCACGAGAACCUCACCUACCUGCAGCUCCUGCGCCGCUGCGUGCCCGACCCGGACACGGGGCUGCUCAUGCUCCAGCUGAUGGACAAGGGCUCCGUGCUCUACCAGCUGACCGAGGACGCCCGCAAAGCCCUGCAGGCCGCCCGCGUCACCCUCAGCGUGGGGCUCUUCCAGGGACAGAGCGUCACCCUCUGGGAGCUCCUCUUCUCCCGCUACGUGCCCGACCACCGGCGCCAGGACCUCCUCCGCAGCUACAAGGCGGGGACGCUCACCGUCUCAGAGAUGAUCACCCUCCUCACCGCCAUCGUCACCGGGGCUGAGGGCCAGGGCCACGGCGCCCACCCACCACAGAAGCCCACGCAGCGGGAGGCCCCGCCGCCGCCGGCCCAGAACGGCGAGGCCGCGGGCUCCCGGCAGGAGCGGGAGCGGGAGCUGGAGCUGGAGCUGGAGCGGUCCCUCAAGGCCCACCACGUGGAGGUCUCAGCGGGAGGCUUCGAGGGCAGGAAGGUCUCCCUGUGGGAGCUCCUCUUCUCCCAGUACGUCUCCCAGGCAAAGAGGCAGGAGCUGCUGGGGCAGGUGCGCGCCGGGAGCCUGGCGCUGGACGAGCUGGCGCGGCUCCUCAGCGUGCUCAUCCAGGAGGCGGUGGAGCGCAGCAGCAAGGUGAAGUUCACGGGCCUCAGGAGGCAGGUGACCGCCUCGGACCUGCUGGACUCGGGCAUCAUCGACAAGGACACGCUGGCCGACCUGGUGCAGGGCUCCAAGACGGUGCAGGAGGUGACGCAGAUGGCCUCCGUCAAGCGCUACCUGGACGGCACGGGCUGCAUCGCCGGCGUGCUGGUGCCCUCCAAAGCCGACCCCGCCACCAUGGAGAAGAUGAGCAUCUACCAGGCCAUGUGGAAGGGCAUCCUGCGGCAGGGCACGGCCCUGGUGCUGCUGGAGGCGCAGGCUGCCACCGGCUUCCUCGUUGACCCCCUGGCCAACAAGAAGCUCUCCGUGGACGAGGCCGUCUCCUGCGGGCUGGUGGGCAGCGAGCUGCACGAGAAGCUCCUCUCGGCCGAGAGGGCCGUCACGGGCUACACCGACCCCUACACCGGCCAGCAGAUCUCCCUCUUCCAGGCCAUGAAGAAGGAGCUCAUCGUCAAGGAGCACGGCAUCCGCCUGCUCGAGGCCCAGAUCGCCACCGGCGGCAUCAUCGACCCCGUCCACAGCCACCGCCUCCCCGUGGAGGUGGCCUACCAGCGCGGCUACUUGGACCGGGAGAUGAGCCACGUCCUCUCCGACCCCACCGACGACACCAAGGGCUUCUUCGACCCCAACACCCACGAGAACCUCACCUACCUGCAGCUCCUGCGCCGCUGCGUGCCCGACCCGGACACGGGGCUGCUCAUGCUCCAGCUGAUGGACAAGGGCUCCGUGCUCUACCAGCUGACCGAGGACGCCCGCAAAGCCCUGCAGGCCGCCCGCGUCACCCUCAGCGUGGGGCUCUUCCAGGGACAGAGCGUCACCCUCUGGGAGCUCCUCUUCUCCCGCUACGUGCCCGACCACCGGCGCCAGGACCUCCUCCGCAGCUACAAGGCGGGGACGCUCACCGUCUCAGAGAUGAUCACCCUCCUCACCGCCAUCGUCACCGGGGCUGAGGGCCAGGGCCACGGCGCCCACCCACCACAGAAGCCCACGCAGCGGGAGGCCCCGCCGCCGCCGGCCCAGAACGGCGAGGCCGCGGGCUCCCGGCAGGAGCGGGAGCGGGAGCUGGAGCUGGAGCUGGAGCGGUCCCUCAAGGCCCACCACGUGGAGGUCUCAGCGGGAGGCUUCGAGGGCAGGAAGGUCUCCCUGUGGGAGCUCCUCUUCUCCCAGUACGUCUCCCAGGCAAAGAGGCAGGAGCUGCUGGGGCAGGUGCGCGCCGGGAGCCUGGCGCUGGACGAGCUGGCGCGGCUCCUCAGCGUGCUCAUCCAGGAGGCGGUGGAGCGCAGCAGCAAGGUGAAGUUCACGGGCCUCAGGAGGCAGGUGACCGCCUCGGACCUGCUGGACUCGGGCAUCAUCGACAAGGACACGCUGGCCGACCUGGUGCAGGGCUCCAAGACGGUGCAGGAGGUGACGCAGAUGGCCUCCGUCAAGCGCUACCUGGACGGCACGGGCUGCAUCGCCGGCGUGCUGGUGCCCUCCAAAGCCGACCCCGCCACCAUGGAGAAGAUGAGCAUCUACCAGGCCAUGUGGAAGGGCAUCCUGCGGCAGGGCACGGCCCUGGUGCUGCUGGAGGCGCAGGCUGCCACCGGCUUCCUCGUUGACCCCCUGGCCAACAAGAAGCUCUCCGUGGACGAGGCCGUCUCCUGCGGGCUGGUGGGCAGCGAGCUGCACGAGAAGCUCCUCUCGGCCGAGAGGGCCGUCACGGGCUACACCGACCCCUACACCGGCCAGCAGAUCUCCCUCUUCCAGGCCAUGAAGAAGGAGCUCAUCGUCAAGGAGCACGGCAUCCGCCUGCUCGAGGCCCAGAUCGCCACCGGCGGCAUCAUCGACCCCGUCCACAGCCACCGCCUCCCCGUGGAGGUGGCCUACCAGCGCGGCUACUUGGACCGGGAGAUGAGCCACGUCCUCUCCGACCCCACCGACGACACCAAGGGCUUCUUCGACCCCAACACCCACGAGAACCUCACCUACCUGCAGCUCCUGCGCCGCUGCGUGCCCGACCCGGACACGGGGCUGCUCAUGCUCCAGCUGAUGGACAAGGGCUCCGUGCUCUACCAGCUGACCGAGGACGCCCGCAAAGCCCUGCAGGCCGCCCGCGUCACCCUCAGCGUGGGGCUCUUCCAGGGACAGAGCGUCACCCUCUGGGAGCUCCUCUUCUCCCGCUACGUGCCCGACCACCGGCGCCAGGACCUCCUCCGCAGCUACAAGGCGGGGACGCUCACCGUCUCAGAGAUGAUCACCCUCCUCACCGCCAUCGUCACCGGGGCUUGGUGUCGCCGGCUGCAGGGUGUGACACGGCGCUCCGCUGCGUCCCGCACCCGGUGCCACCCGUGCCGGCAGCACAACCGGCCCAUCAUCACCUCCUGGGAGGACACACACGGUGCCCCACGGCAGCAGGACUGUUCCCCAGAGACAAGGCAGAGGAUGAGCGGAGCUCCUCAGAACAACAAGUCAAGCAACAGCAUGGGCAGUGACCCGCUUGGACACAAAGACAUGGGUGAGGGUGGGAGUAAUUUCAUUGCUGGAGUCUUCAUCCAGGCGAAGAAAAAGAAGAUGAGUAUCUAUGAUGCCAUGAUGAGGGGGCUCCUGACGCCAGGUACAGCCCUGGUGCUGCUGGAGGCACAGGCUGCUUCAGGGUUCCUCACCGACCCCGUGAGGAAUGAGAAGCUGUCGGUGAAGGCAGCGCUGAGCGCGGGACUCAUAGGCAGGGAUUUUUAUGAGAAGCUGCUGUCAGCAGAGGGAGCAGUGACAGGGUACACAGAGCCCUACACAGGACACAAGAUCUCCCUCUUCCAGGCCAUGAAGAAAGAGUUCAUCGUCAAGGAGCACGCUACCCGCCUGCUGGAGGCCCAGAUCGCCACCGGCGGCAUCAUCGACCCGGUGAAUGGCCACCGCCUGCCUGUGGAGGUGGCCUACCAGCGGGGCUUCUUUGACCAGGAGAUGUGCCAGUUUCUUUCUAACCCCAAGAAUCAAACAAGAAGUUGCUUUGACCCCAACACCCACGAGAACCUCACCUACCUGCAGCUCCUGCGCCGCUGCGUGCCCGACCCGGACACGGGGCUGCUCAUGCUCCAGCUGAUGGACAAGGGCUCCGUGCUCUACCAGCUGACCGAGGACGCCCGCAAAGCCCUGCAGGCCGCCCGCGUCACCCUCAGCGUGGGGCUCUUCCAGGGACAGAGCGUCACCCUCUGGGAGCUCCUCUUCUCCCGCUACGUGCCCGACCACCAGAGAGAGGAACUGCUGAGGAAAUACAAGGCAGGGAUGGUGACCAUCCCAGAGAUGAUCACCCUCCUCACCACCAUUGUCACUGGGGCAGAAAUGGAAAAGGAGGAUCUGAGCUCCUCCACAGUUAUUCCCAACAACAAGGUGGGAGGAUCACAACCCGUUCAGGGGACGCACUCCCAGGAGCAGCAGUUGAGGAAGUCCUUAAAGUCUGUGACCAUCUAUGUCACCACUGGUGAAUUCCAGGGGCAAAAAGUUUCCUUGUUGGAUCUGCUCUUUUCCAAAUACAUCCCCCAAGAGAAGCGGCAGGAGCUGCUGGAGCUGUACAGAGCAGGGAUCCUGACCACAGGACAGGUGGCUACGGUGGUCACCAACAUCAUGAACAGAACAGAGGCUGCAAAUGCCGCGCUCACAGCAAAUGCCAGAAGUCCACACAAGGUGGUGACAAGGACAGAGGACAACGAAGCUGAUUUUUCAGCACAAGAUGCACAGCUAGAUAACAUCUUGAAGUCUACCACCAUUGACGUGCCAGCUGGUGAGUUCCAGGGGAGACAGGUCUCUGUGUGGGACCUGCUCUUCUCUGACUACAUCUCUGAGGAGAAAAGGCAGGAGCUCCUAGAGCUGUACCGUGAAAGGCUAUUAGCUCUGGAGCAGAUGAUAACUGUUGUCACCACUCUCGUUAAGAAAAAAGAAUCUACAGGCAGGAAAUUCCUGAUUGCAGCCAAGGCUUCUAACAAGGACACUGUGUCAGCAGCAGGAGAGAAGGAUGAUGACUCCACCAAAGAAGAACCAUGGGAAAAAGCCUUGAAAACCACAGUUGUCGACAUGGAGGUUGGGGACUUUCGUGGCCACAAGGUCUCUGUGUGGGAGCUGCUCCACUCCAAGUACAUCCCUGAGGAGAACAGAAAGGAGCUCCUGGAGCUGUACCGGGGAGGAGUGUUGACCCUCGAGCAGGUAAAAAUGGUUGUCAGCACCAUUGUAACCAAGGCAGAAGCAGCGAGGGCAGAGCAAUUGGCAAAUGCGAGUAGUCCACGGGCAGAGACAACGCUUGCAGAAGCUGAGGACACCCACCUGCUGGAGGACAGGACUUGGGAAGAGACCCUGAAGUCCACCAUGGUAGAGAUGGCAAUAGAUGAGUUCCAGGGAAGGCAGGUCUCUGUGUGGGACCUGCUCUUCUCUGACUACAUCUCUGAGGAGAAAAGGCAGGAGCUCCUAGAGCUGUACCGUGAAAGGCUAUUAGCUCUGGAGCAGAUGAUAACUGUUGUCACCACUCUCGUUAAGAAAAAAGAAUCUACAGGCAGGAAAUUCCUGAUUGCAGCCAAGGCUUCUAACAAGGACACUGUGUCAGCAGCAGGAGAGAAGGAUGAUGACUCCACCAAAGAAGAACCAUGGGAAAAAGCCUUGAAAACCACAGUUGUCGACAUGGAGGUUGGGGACUUUCGUGGCCACAAGGUCUCUGUGUGGGAGCUGCUCCACUCCAAGUACAUCCCUGAGGAGAACAGAAAGGAGCUCCUGGAGCUGUACCGGGGAGGAGUGUUGACCCUCGAGCAGGUAAAAAUGGUUGUCAGCACCAUUGUAACCAAGGCAGAAGCAGCGAGGGCAGAGCAAUUGGCAAAUGCGAGUAGUCCACGGGCAGAGACAACGCUUGCAGAAGCUGAGGACACCCACCUGCUGGAGGACAGGACUUGGGAAGAGAACCUAAAGUCCACCAUGGUAGAGAUGGCAAUAGAUGAGUUCCAGGGAAGGCAGGUCUCUGUGUGGGACCUGCUCUUCUCUGACUACAUCUCUGAGGAGAAAAGGCAGGAGCUCCUGGAGCUGUACCGUGCGGGGACACUGCCCUUGGAGCGGUUAAUAAUUGUUGUCACCACUCUCGUUAAGAAAAAAGAAUCUACAGGCAGGAAAUUCCUGAUUGCAGCCAAGGCUUCUAACAAGGACACUGUGUCAGCAGCAGGAGAGAAGGAUGAUGACUCCACCAAAGAAGAACCAUGGGAAAAAGCCUUGAAAACCACAGUUGUCGACAUGGAGUUUGGGGACUUUCGCGGCCACAAGGUCUCUGUGUGGGAGCUGCUCCACUCCAAGUACAUCCCUGAGGAGAACAGAAAGGAGCUCCUGGAGCUGUACCAGGCAGGAGAGUUAACCCUCGAGCAGGUGAAAAUGGUUGUCAGCACCAUUGUAACCAAGGCAGAAGCAGCGAGGGCAGAGCAAUUGGCAAAUGCGAGUAGUCCACGGGCAGAGACAACGCUUGCAGAAGCUGAGGACACCCACCUGCUGGAGGACAGGACUUGGGAAGAGACCCUGAAGUCCACCAUGGUAGAGAUGGCAAUAGAUGAGUUCCAGGGAAGGCAGGUCUCUGUGUGGGACCUGCUCUUCUCUGACUACAUCUCUGAGGAGAAAAGGCAGGAGCUCCUGGAGCUGUACCGUGCGGGGACACUGCCCUUGGAGCGGUUAAUAAUUGUUGUCACCACUCUCGUUAAGAAAAAAGAAUCUACAGGCAGGAAAUUCCUGAUUGCAGCCAAGGCUUCUAACAAGGACACUGUGUCAGCAGCAGGAGAGAAGGAUGAUGACUCCACCAAAGAAGAACCAUGGGAAAAAGCCUUGAAAACCACAGUUGUCGACAUGGAGUUUGGGGACUUUCGCGGCCACAAGGUCUCUGUGUGGGAGCUGCUCCACUCCAAGUACAUCCCUGAGGAGAACAGAAAGGAGCUCCUGGAGCUGUACCAGGCAGGAGAGUUAACCCUCGAGCAGGUGAAAAUGGUUGUCAGCACCAUUGUAACCAAGGCAGAAGCAGCGAGGGCAGAGCAAUUGGCAAAUGCGAGUAGUCCACGGGCAGAGACAACGCUUGCAGAAGCUGAGGACACCCACCUGCUGGAGGACAGGACUUGGGAAGAGACCCUGAAGUCCACCAUGGUAGAGAUGGCAAUAGAUGAGUUCCAGGGAAGGCAGGUCUCUGUGUGGGACCUGCUCUUCUCCAGGUAUGUCCCUGAGGAGAAAAGGCAGGAGCUCCUGGAGCUGUACCGUGCGGGGACACUCACCCUUCAGGAGCUGGUGGCCACCACCACCAGCACUGCUACCAACAGCAACGAAGGGCACCUUGCAACCCUCCCCCAGCAGACGGUGGAUCUCCUCCAGUCCGAGGGCUCCUACAUUACUUUUGGCCCAUUCCAGGAGCAGAGGGUGUCAGUGUGGGAGCUCCUCUCCAACAAGCAAGUCUCUGAGUACAAACGAGAGGCACAUCUCGACACCUACGGCACGGGAGGGCUGACGGUGAACAAGAUCACCAUCACCACCACCGUCAUCACGGGCCCACACCGAAAGAAGAGACUCCACCAGGACCACUAGCACCACCCAGCCCAGAAGAGGAGCGAGGUGUCUCCUGGGGCAGGCGUGGCCUGGGUGCUCGGGAGAGUUUGCCUCCCCCAUAACUUAAUUACGGGCAGGAAAGAGGGGUGACAACCCUGUGUGUGGAACGGGGCGGGUGCCUGGUUAAAGUCCUUGCUGUCUCAACUGCUGCCAUGCUGAGGUGUCUUUUCCCCAAGAGGCCUCUCCUGGAGGGGUCCUGGGGAGGGUCCAGGGAGGGCUCUGACUGCAGCGUUCCCACAAAAAACAGGGGAAUGCGGGGCCGGCACCCGAGUCGGGUGGGCUGGGGACAGUCAGGAAUGGGACUGGGGAGGGGCUCCAAAAGGUUCUGGUGCACACAGGGUGCUGUGCCUCAGCCCCACCAGCCCUGACUGGGGAUCCUACAGGUGUAGGAUCACCCAGUGUGUUGGGUUGGAAGGGACCU